UAUAAAUAGAGUUAGAUGAAUCAAAAUUUAAAACAUACCGAUCAUUCAUUGAUAAAAAAAAAAAAAAAAAAGAAAACAAGAACCAAUCAGAGUAGAAAAAAGAAAAAAAUGGGAUUGAUAUCAAACAUUGUGGCAAUAUUGCCAUUGUUGUUAUUGUUGGUGUCUAAUUCUAAAGCUCAACCUGCUGCAGCUCAACCUUCAGCUCAACCAGCUCAACCUGCAGGUGAUGCUGGUGGUGUUUUCGAUAUCACAAAAUACGGUGCCAAACCUAAUGCAGAUAUAACUGCGGCAUUGACAAGUGCAUGGAAGGCGGCAUGUGCAUCGACCACUCCAAGUAAAGUUUUGAUUCCAAAAGGAAGUUACGGAUUAAGUCAAUCCAACCUCAAAGGCCCUUGUAAAAGUCCUAUCGAACUACAAAUCGAAGGGACAUUACAAGCUCCGGCCCAUCCAGAAGGAGAAGGGCUACUCAUUUUGGAAAAUACCGAUCUGUUGACAGUGUCAGGUACUGGAGUUUUGGAUGGCCAAGGAAAAGCAGGUUGGGAAAAGAAUGAUUGCCAUUUGAAGAAAGAAUGCACCAAGCUUCCCAUGAAUUUGAAGCUCAAUUUCAUCACAAAUUCAAUAGUAACGGGCAUAACGUCAUUGGAUAGCAAGAAUUUUCAUAUUAAUCUUUUGGGUUGCAAGAACCUUACCUUUGACCACGUGACAAUUACUGCACCGGGCAAUAGUCCCAACACCGAUGGAAUUCACGUGAGUAGUUCAGAACAGAUUAACAUUCUCAAUACCAAUAUCGCAACCGGAGAUGAUUGCAUAUCUGUGGGAGACUCCAACAAACAAGUAGCUAUUAGCGAUGUUACUUGCGGACCAGGACAUGGAAUUAGCAUAGGAAGUUUGGGAAAAUAUACCAAGGAAAAAGAAGUGGUAGGAGUUACGGUGAAAAAAUGCAAAUUGACCGGUACUACAAACGGUGUUAGGAUUAAAACAUGGCCAGAUUCUGCCGUCGCAUUUCCAGCCACAGACAUGCAUUUUGAAGAUAUAGAAAUGGAUAAUGUCAGUAACCCUAUCAUCAUAGACCAAGAAUAUUGUCCAUGGAACCAAUGCAACCGAAAGGUUGCAUCAAAAAUUAAGAUCAGCAAUGUAAGCUUCAAGAAUAUUAGAGGCACGUCUGCAACUGCGAUUGCAGUCAAAAUUGUUUGCAGUAAGAGUAUUCCAUGUGAGGGAGUGGAAAUUGCUGAUAUUGACCUCACUUAUAGUGGACCAGAAGGUCCAAUUAAGUCUCAGUGUGCAAAUGUGAAACCCGUCAUUACAGGAAAACAAAAUCCUCCAAUCUGUGGUGAAGUUGCACCAGCUGAUGGUCCAUCAACCGAUUGAAGUUAUGAAGAUGUGACAAAAGUUAUUAUACGCAUUAAAGUUCGAUUACAUGCAUUUUUGUGAUUAUAGGCAUGCUCUCAAUAAUUGUAUUACGAUUGUUUGGAGAGAAAUAAUAGUUGUCUGAGUUUCGAUAUGGUUGAAGCUUUUCUUAUAAAUAAUAAAUGUUUAUAUGGAUUGGAAGGUUUAAAUUAUUGUC